AUGUACUCAGGCAGCACAACCACGAGAACGAGUCGAUUGAAGUAUGAGGAGACCCCGGGUGCGCUUUUCUUGAACCACGAGGCUGCCGGCAUCAGCACGCAUGGCACUUUGCCUGAUGCUGCUGAGAACGGAGCGACCUGGGAUGACCAACAAAUCAAAGACUUCAUCCGGGGAGCGCGACGCGAUCUCUACAAGAGGCUUCAAGGGCUUCCCAUCACCGCAUCGACCCUUCCGCAGCCUGUCGAACUUGGGCUCCAGUACCUCAACAGCGUCGAACACAUCUUGAUGAAUCAGUGUAACAUCCUCCUCGGCGGCCUUGUCCUUACAGAGAAUGGUCUCUGCAAGCCACCAGCUGCGACAUUGUCCCAACGCCGCCAUGCGAAAUUGUUCCAACACCGUACUUCCGAGCUUCAACACAAGCGUCAUGUACAUUCCCUCGUGCUCAGUGGUCAUUUGCUGCGUCUCCGUCGUGUUCGGAAGCCUGGACACAGCUUGAUCUGCUCAGGUCCUGGUUGCCUGGAGGCCGUGGGCCACGGUGGCUAUUUUGUCACUCUCCUGUGUCGCAACGGGCUUGAAGUUCACUACGGCCUGGAAUGUCUGGAGAACAUUUUCAAAGAGAAAGCGCGCAAAGGGUUGCCGUACAAGUAUGGGGCUGUGGAUGGUGUUCCUGAUGACCGUCCACUGGUGCCCUCCGACCUACCCUCCAACUCGAUCGAAAGCCGUCGCCUGCGCCAGGAGAGAAACCAGGAGACGGUCGACAUUCUUCGCCAGGUCGAAAAGCGUCAGCAAGCUGCUGCAGCGCCAGAAUCCCCCAGCAUGGAUGAGUCGAACUUGCGCAUCCACCGACCUAAAGAUCUUGAGGAGAUGCAAGAGCGUUACAAGAAACAGCGCCUCACAAGAUCAGAUCAGAAACAGCAAUGGGCAUUGUCCAAGCAAGCAACCGCUCAGUCCAACGACAACCAGACGGAGGAAAACGUUGUCCCUUGGGACAAUAGGAUCAUCUUCAUUUGCUAUUGCCGAGAGCCCGCAGACGGCACCGAUAUUGUCCGAUGCAGCAAUGAUCUGUGCUUGGUUGGCUGGUUUCAUGCCAACUGUUGCACCGACCAUUCAUCCCUACUCUCGGAUCGAAACUUCUAUUGCGACUUCUGCAUCGAUCGCGCUGGCGACGACCAUGAGUCUGAUCACGUUGUCGACGGCGAGAACGCCAAUGGCGACUCUAUCUCUGACUCAGCUGAAGCCGCAGCGUACAACAGCUCCGCCGACGACAGCCCCGAAGAAGGCGAGAUUCCACAGACUCCCCCCUCGUACCCUCGCCAACACUCCGGCUUUACGCCCAUCAACCUAUCCCGCAUCCACCACGAGCCGUCCACCUCGCCGCUCAACCUCGAUGGCCCCCUCACCGACCCAAGGCUGCACCCCGUCAUCAACCACCGCCGCCACGCACCUUCCUCUCCCUUCCUCGACGCAAACCAGACCACCUUCGCCGAUCUUGCGCCCUUCAUCACCUACAAGCUCUCGGCCGCCUCGCCCACCGGACUGACGGAUCAGGACGCACUAAACCUUGAAGCGUGGCGUUGCAGCGUACCCGCAUCGAGACUGACAGCUAACAUCUCGCCUGAAGAACUGCCACGCGGGCCGCGCGAGGAUCUGAACGUGCUGGCGCUGCGGUGGAUUGAGCGCCUUGCCAGUCAGGAGCCGGCAGCUCUGAAGCGCGAAUUAAGUGCGUGGUUGGAGGAUAGGUUCGAGGUGCGUAGCGCGUUCUGA